AUGAUAAAACAAUAACUUUUGUAAAUUGGUUCAGCAGAUUCCUUUUUUAAUAAUCAUACUUCCUUAUAUUCGUUCCAUUCAAUAGAUCCUUUUGUUCCCUAGUAUAAAGGGGAGUUUUAGAUCAGUUAUUAGAACAGAUUAGUAAUCAAAAAUUUAGCAAUAGGAUAAAAUUUCAUUAGAUUUGGUGAUGAUGUAUGAAAUUUAAUUACUAUAUAGAAAUUUAUCAAUUUAAAGAAUGUUUGCAUGUAAAAAAUUUAUCAUCCAAAAACAGGAAUUUUUGGAAUAAAAUUCUCGAAGAAUGGAGUUAGUUUAGAUAUAUUUGGUUUAUCUGAUUAGUUGGUUGAAAUGAUGAAGAAGUAUACAAUAUAAUUUGAUUUUAUAUCAAAGUAUCAACUUUUAAAUAAACUUGGAGAAGGAUAUUCAACAAUUGUAUAUCUUAUUAUAAAUAUUAGGUAUACAGAGCUAGAAAUAAAUAAAAUAGAUAAGAGUAUGCAGUUAAAGUAUUUGAUAAAAAGAGACUUUUAAUAAAUUAAUUUGAAGCUAAAAAGUUUUUAAAAGAAUUGAAAAUAAUGAGAUGUUUAGAUAAUUCAAAUUUACUGAAGUUCUAUGAAAUUUAUGAAAGUAAUAAUCAUAUUUAUAUAAUUUUGGAAUUAUUAAGAGGUGAAAAACUUUCCUCAAUUGUUUAAAAAUAACAUACUCUGACUGAAUAAGAAAUUUUAACAAUAAUGAAGCCUUUGUUUUAGGCUGUGUAACAUUUGCAUGAUUAAAAUAUUUAUCAUAGAUAAAUUAGUAUUUAAAGUAUAAUAUUUAAAAACAAGAAUGAUUUAUCAGAACCUUGUUUAAUUAAUUUUAAUUAAGCAGAAUAAAUACUUUAAGAAGAUCAGGAGGAUUAAUCAACAAUAUUAGCAAAUCCAGAGAAAUAAAUUUAGUUUAAUAUUAAAUUUGAUGUAUUAUCUUUGGGAAUAGUGAUGUAUAAUUUAUUGACAUAGAGUUCAUAUGAAACAAAUUAAGUUAUUAAUGAUGCUAUGAUGCAUGAAUUUAGAGGAAUUCAAAAUUUAUAGUUUAUUGAUCCUCCCUUAUCUGAUCUAUGUUUUGACUUUAUGAAUACAAUAUUCAAUCAAGGUUCUAAAUUAAAGACUUGUAAAUAAUUAUUGACUCAUCCUAUUUUCGACUAAGAAAAUUAAAAAACAUUUAAAAAUUUGGGAAUUCAUUUAAUUGGAAUUUUAAACUAAAAUUCAAGUAGAUUUCGAAUCAAUUCUAAAUAAUCUUAAAGAUCUCCAAAACCAAUUAAAGUAGUGCCUGUUAAGAAAGGAUUUAACUUUUUAUCCAAAAGUCCUUAAGAAAAACCAAAUCUCAAUAAAGAUUACUUUGAACCUCCAAAAUCUCAUCUGAUGUUCAGAAGAGGUAGUAGAUAAAAAAGAACCUUAAAUUUUAAUAAAAAUAAUGAAAUUAGUAAUCAUUCAAAUAGCUGA